CGAGCUAACAGGGAACACUGCUGUCAUUGGCUAUUAUUUAGCACGUGUCCGGUUGCUCUUGGCAACCAAGGACGCCUGUGUGUUUGCUGUGGUGGGAAUCAGUUGUGUAAAGGUGAGGUGUGAGAAUGAACGGGCUCUACGAUACCGCAGAGCCGAAUGUCAUCGAUGAUGUCAUGCUGAGAGGAGCCGUGGAGGAGCAGGGCCCGAAGGAAGAAGCGGGACGCAUAGCCAAGGCGGAGGGCAUUGAGUUCAAGGAAGUCACCAACCUGCGCCUGGAUUUCAGACAGAUUCUAAAAAUUGAUAAUCUAUGGCAGUUUCUCAAUCUGACCAGACUUCAGCUGGACAACAACCUCAUUGAGAGGAUUCGGGGGUUAGAUACGCUUGUCAAUUUAGUGUGGCUGGACUUGUCAUUUAACAAUAUCGAGGUGAUCGAGGGGCUGAGCGCUCUUACAAAGCUGGAGGAUCUAAGUUUGUAUAAUAACCAGAUUUCUGUUUUCGAGAAUAUGGACAAUCUGAAAAAUCUGCAGGUCUUAUCUAUCGGAAAUAACAACCUGGCGUCAUUGGAAAAUCUCGUCUACCUGCGCAGGUUUGAGCAUCUGCGGACAUUAAAUCUUGCAGGGAAUCCCUUGUGUGAGGACGAAAAUCAUAAACUGUUUGUUGCUGCUCACCUCCCGAAUCUGGUGUAUCUGGACUUCAGGCUUCUAGAUGAGAAUAUAAGAGACAUAGGCAAUGUGAAGUACCAGUACUCCAUUGAGGAACUGAAUCAUAAUGAGACUUUGGAAAGAGUGAAGAGGGAAAAAGAAGAACAGAGUCAGCAAGAGCUGGAUAAGAACAAGGCCGCCUAUGUGGAAUACCUGAACGGCCCCUUCAUGUUCGAGGGCAUGUAUGCAGAGGACGUCGAUGGAACUCAGUUAUCUACACUUCCUGGUGUGGAUGAACUAGUGGACUCAUAUAGGACUAAGUGUACGGAGGUCUGUCAGGCUAUCUUCGAUUAUGGCCUCAUGCACCAUGAGAAAAGGGAAGCUGAAAUUACCAUCUUUAAAGAAUGUCUGCAGGAGGCUGUGACCGAAAACCAGGAGACUGGAGCCAAGAAAAUUCAUGAGUUUCAAACAAAGAACAAUGCGCUGUUCGAUGCACUCUCGCAGAUCACAGACCAGCAGAUGGUAGACACUCAAUCACUUCAGUACAGUCAGGACAUCGCCCAGCUCAUGGACUCCCUACUGAUGCUGGAGCUGCAGCUGGUGGACCAACUGGAGGAGAUCAUUAAGGAAUAUGAAAGGAAUAUCUCUGAACUGGUGUCAUCUUUUCUGGAAACAGUGCAAAGCCUAAUGGCUCAGGUCAGAGACUUGGAGAACCAACACCAUGAAAAGCUCCUGGAAUUGUCUAUUAGCAUGCUGGAGAGAGUAAUGAAGGGGGAGAUGGAUGAAGAGAUGACUGAUGAGCUUCGAGCGCUAUUUGUGGACAAAGACACCAUUGUCAAUGCAGUUGGCGCCUCGCAUGACAUACACCUGCUGAAGAUCGAUAAUCGAGAAGAUGAACUGGUCACCAAUAUCAAUAACUGGGCCACCAACCUCAUGCAAAAAGUUCAAAGAGAAGAACUACAAAGAAAUCGUAAACGGGUUGCAGAGAUCAACAUGUACAUCGAUCACCUGCGGGACGAGCUUGACAACCUUGACGGUCAUGAACAGAUAUGACUGCCUCGUGACGGAGCCCAGAUAACAGACUUUCAAUCUCUUCACAUUAUUAUCCACAUCUAUUCUCUGCCAUGUUGUGUUGAAAAGAAGGGGUGGGGGGUGAACUGGGGUUUAUUUUGUACUAUUUUUAUUCUUCAUCUUCUGGCCAGGAGACAAAGGUAGAUGAGCCCUCAUAGAACUCUAUUAGGUAGAUUCACACACAAUGGUGUAAACUUGCGGCGGCGUAGCUUAAGGAAUUUAAGCUACGCCGCCGUA